UUGUGUAGCAUGAUUCCACGUUGUCACACGUAUGUGCUUGACUGAAGAACAUGGCUUCGAAAGAAAGUAACCUUUCUGUAUUGUAUACGGAAUUAAAUAAAUUAGGACAAAAUGGGGAAUAUGAGAGAGCUGUAAAAACUGCAAACAGAAUUUUAGGCAUCUCCCAAGAUGAAGAAGCGGCGUUUCACUGUAAGAUCAUUUGUUACAUCCAGCUGUCCAAGUUCAACGACGCGUUACAACUUAUUGUUAAAACCCCGAAAUUGGCAACGAAUUUGGAGUUUGAAAAGGGAUACUGUCUAUACCGUUUAAAUCAAGUUUCCGAGGCAUUGAAAGUGAUAGAAAAUGUGCAAAAUCCUUCUCUCAAGAUUAAAGAGCUAAAAGCUCAGAUAUUGUAUCGCCUAGAAAAAUAUGAAGAAUGUUUUGCGGUGUAUAGAGACAUCAUUAAGAAUUCAAAUGACGAAUACGAAGAAGAGAGAGAAACUAACCUUGCCGCUGUUCUUGGAAACUUAGCAAUCGAAGGUUCUGAUUUAGAAGUUCCUUCCUUACGCGAGCAUACUUACGAGUUAACGUACAACGCGGCGUGUCGUUUACUCGCACAAGGAAGCAGAGAUGAUAAAGCUACUUUAGUAGAAGCAGAAAAGAAAUUGCGAACCGCUGAGAAGAUGUGCAAGGAGGGAUUGGAGGAAGAUGGAGCAUCCGAGGAGGAGAUUGAAAAUGAGUUGGGUGUAAUUCGAGUACAGCUUGGCUACUGCUUACAAUUGCAAGGCCGAGAUAAGGAAGCACAUGCGUUAUAUACAGCUGCUCUAAAGGCCAAGCCAGACGAUAUUGCACUGGUUGCCGUAGCUAGCAACAAUUUAGUAUGUCUGAAUAAAGAUCAGAAUGUCUUUGACAGUAAAAAGAGGAUGAAAAGUGCCACUCACGAGAGUCUAGAGCACAAAUUAACUUCUAAGCAAAGAAAAUAUAUCGCAUACAAUCAGUGUUUACUAGCGUUUUACACCGAUCAAGGAGAACAGUGUCACCAGCUGUGCAAUUAUCUUGCGAAAGAGUGCGUAAUACUUGCAGCAGAUGCAAUGUUCAUAAAAGCUGUACAACUUGGUAAAGAGGGUAAACCGAAAGAAGCAGUAAAACUAUUGAUCGAACAUGCAGUCGGCGAUAAGGAAUUGCCUAUGAAGUUGGCCAGCGUGCAGGUACUUUUAAGUCACGAUGAGAGAAAAGACGCGAUCGCUAUUCUUGAGAACCUAAACGAAAGGGACAGAUCUCUACCUGGAAUAGUUAGCGCGCUCGUUAUGCUUCAUUUGGCUGAUAAUGACCGGGAAAGAGCGUCGACCGCUCUAAAAAAUGCGGUCACUUAUUACAAAAAGAACAAGGAAACUACUGAAAAUUUGGGAGAAUUGUGGCGACAAGCUGCUAAUUUUUACUUACGCGGUGGAGAGCUCAAGAUUGCGGCCGACAUUUUGCAAGAAUUAGUAGACGCCUCGCCGUCCGACACCAAGACGCUAGCUCAAUUAGUAGUAGCUUAUGUGCAGUUCUGCCCUACUAAAGCACAGUCACUAUCUAAAAGAUUACCACCUCUUCAUGAUCUUGCCGAAACUACCGACGUUGAUGCAUUAGAGAGCAGCAAUUGGGUUAUCGGAACGAAAGUAGUAAAGAAAAAGAUUGAACCUUCGCCCGGCAAACCAAUAUCAGAUAUAAUUCAAAAGAAGCACAAGAAACGUAAACGCAGAGGCAAGUUACCAAAACACUAUGAUCCAAACAUUUCGCCAGAUCCAGAGAGAUGGUUACCCAGACACGAACGUAGUGGAUUCCGUAAGAAACGAGACAGAAGGAAUAGGGAUACCGCUAUGAAAGGGACACAGGGAGCCGCUACAGGAGCUAGUGAUCUUUAUGACAUCACUAAAAUGCCUGCUAAUGCCAAGCCUUCUCCGAACCCUCGUCAUAGUUCCACAGUGGAAACUUCUGGACCACGUCAGCAACAACGCAAAGUUCAACAGAAAAAGAAGAAGAAGGGUAGCAAGUGGUAAUGAUUCUCAUGUUAAGUAAAAACUGACUAAACUCAUCAUCUUUUGAUAUUAAACAAAAUAAAUUGGACCCUUAUUGAAAAGAAACAACAAUUUGUUACCGAAAGAAUAAUCAAAUGAAUUUGCUACUGUGUAGCUGUAUUUUGUGAAAAACACAAGGUGCAAUACUGCCAUUAAAAAAUAAUAUUUACACGCUGUACGUGUGUUAAUCAAUCACUCGCAGAUUUACCAACAUACCUUGAUGUUUCACGCAUUUAAUGCAUUAAAAAAUUUAUCAAUUAAUUUUAUAUUUACCAAUAACACAUGUA